AUGGCUAGCGAUCGCGAUGAUGUUAUCGUGGCAAGGAUCCCCAGUGAUGUUGUCGACUAUAAAAUCCUCCCACGACUCCCCUACAAGUCUCUUUCUAGAUUCAAGUGUAUCUGCAAGAAGUGGCAUCACCUCAUCUCACACGACAUCGUAUUUGCGCAUGAGCAGUCACGCCAUGGGUCACCCAUCUCCUUCGGCUACGUUUACCAACACAAACAAAGCAUCGACUUCAUCCCCAUCGACAUCCCCGGGGAGCUCAACGUGUGCAUCACGAACUCAUCCUUUUUCUCCCUUCCCAUCGGCGCAGAGUGCAUAAGGAUUACUGCCGUCGUCGAUGGCCUCCUCUUGCUAUUUUUGCAAAGAAAAAGUGACGAGCAAAAUGAUAGUAUGUGCUCUAUCAAUUAUCCGGAUGCGAUCGGCAAAUUCCAUUAUGUGUGGAAUUUAGUAACCAAAGAAGGCCAUGUCAUCCCGAAAACCGAUCGUCAUUGCUGGUUUGUCGGACUUGCCUUUGAUCCUUGGAUCACUCCAGCUUGUUACAAACUAGUAAAUCUCGUACAACGACGAAAAGGGCUCCGAGAAGAGUUCUCUUUUGAUGUUUACUCCUCUCGCACUAGGAAGUGGACUAUGUCCGAUCACAAGUUUGUCAUCCCUAAAGGCACAAGAACAUUGUGGAAUAUAUUUUGUGCAGGACGAAUCAUAUAUUGGGCUAGCAAUCCCUACGUACUGUGGUUUGACGUGGAGAAGGAUGUUGCAGGUUACACACUGCUACCGCAGCUCGAAGCUUUGGGGGGGUCCCGACAUGUGCUUGGGGCGACGAAUGAUGGAAUUUUGACGAGCACUCAUAUGUUGCAACACAGUGCAAUAACAGUAUGGAUGAUGAGCGAGGAUGGAGAUUGGGUCAAGAAAGUUUCCUUGGAGAAUGUGCCCACAGUAUCAUCCGAAUUCAAGCUAUUCAUACCCCUCCCAUUCACGGGAGGUGAUAGGAUUUAUAUGGAGAUGUUAUCGUAUUGCAUGAGUAAAAGAAUAUUGGUUUGUUAUAAUAUCAACACCCGAGAGAUGACGAUGAUCGGUGAGAUGAAGGAUGUCUGGCCACCAUCCAAAUGCUUAUACAUAGAUUACAAUCGUAUUGCUAGAUUAGGUAGCCUUGGUGUUACAGAAUGUUGA